UCACUCAUCUCGACUUCAGGCCGUGCGAUUCGAAGCGUGCCGCCAGUCCACCCGCCGAUCCGACGUCGCAUCGAUAGAUCAGCGCCUGGAGUGACCUACCGUAGAUAUCAACAUGUUUGCUGUAUCUGCACGUCGUCUGGAGAAGGACCUGCUCCGCGCACUGCGGUCGAACUGCGCCGAUCGGGAGAUGCAUCAACUGUCGACACAAGUGAACAACACCGUCAAGCGGAUCAAUCGUCACGCGCAUGCAGAUGCAUGGAAGCGUGCGAACGUCCGCGCCCACACGACCAACACGACCGCGAAGUUUGCCCGACAAGUAAAAGAUGUUAACAAUCCGCCCAUGUCGUUUUCGGCGUGGCUCUCCCAGCGCAUUCCCAAGGGCUUUGAACGUUUCUACCCAAAAGGAACGAAGGGUGAAGGCAAGCCCAGUGGUAGCGCCAAAAAGCCGGCUGGUAAUGGUCCAAAAGAGGAGCCCAAACCGUCGGGCAGCGGCUCUUCUGGUAGUGGUGGCACUCCUGGCGCGCAAGACCCCAAGGACCAAUUGAUGUAUACGAUUCCCAUCGCGAUUGCCUUGCUCUUGUUUUUGGAGUUGACGUCGGGCGACAACGCGUUGAAAGAAAUCACGUGGCAAGAGUUUCGCAACGAUCUCUUGUCCCAGGGCAAGGUGGAUCACAUUGUUGUUGUCAACAAAACGUACGCCCGCGUGUACCUUCACCGCCCUUCGUCAUCGGAGUCGACUUUGCACUCGACGGCGACCCACACGGACUUGCAUGAAGUCCGGGACUACAACCAUCCACAACAGCAUGGCGGGACGCCCGCUGCUGCAACUGCCGCACCGCAGCAGCACACGCCGAGCUUUUACUUCAACAUUGGCAGCAUUGAGAACUUUGAGCGGCAGAUGGAACAAACCCAGGCGAGUUUGGGCAUUUUGCCCAAGGAUUACAUUCCCAUCCAGUUUUCGAACGAAAUGAACUGGAAGAUGGAGUUGCUCAAGAUGGCGCCAACGUUGCUCUUGAUUGGGUUUUUGAUGAUGUCGAUGCGCGGCAUCGGCGGCGCCGGUGGUGGUGGCGGCAUGGGUGGCAUUUUCAAAGUCGGCAAGUCGCCAGCCAAGAAGAUCACAAAGGAAGACAUCAAGAUCACGUUCAAAGAUGUGGCCGGUGUAGACGAAGCAAAGCGUGAAAUCAUGGAAUUCGUUGAAUUCCUCAAGAACCAGAAGAAGUUUACGGACUUGGGAGCAAAGAUUCCCAAGGGGGCGCUCUUGGUCGGGCCUCCCGGUACUGGUAAGACCAUGUUGGCCAAAGCAACGGCCGGCGAGGCGAGCGUGCCGUUCUUCAGCAUUUCAGGGUCGGACUUUAUUGAAAUGUUUGUGGGUGUCGGGCCGUCGCGAGUCCGUGAUUUGUUCAAGGAAGCGAGAGCCAACGCUCCUUGCAUUGUCUUCAUCGAUGAAAUCGACGCCGUUGCACGUGCGCGUUCCAAUGGUCGGUUUGGUGGUGGCAACGACGAACGUGAAAACACAUUGAAUCAGCUUCUUGUCGAAAUGGAUGGGUUCAGUUCAAGCGAGGGGGUCGUCGUGCUGGCAGGGACGAACCGCGUCGACAUUUUGGACAAAGCCAUUCUGCGUCCUGGGCGAUUUGAUCGACAAAUCACGGUCGACAAGCCAGACAUCAAGGGCCGUCGCGAAAUUUUCAAGGUGCACUUGAAGGCGCUGCACCUGGACGGCACGGUGGACGACUUUGCGCGGCGCAUGGCGGCAUUGACCCCUGGGUUUACGGGUGCUGACAUUGCCAACAUUUGUAAUGAAGCGGCGAUUGUCGCGGCCCGACGUGCCGGAGACUCGAUCAAUUUCAAGGACUUUGAACAGGCCACGGACCGUGUGAUCGGCGGCCUCGAGACGAACCGGCUCAUGACACCGGAGGAGAAGAAGACGGUCGCGUACCAUGAAGCCGGCCAUGCUGUCACCGGGUGGUUCUUGGAACAUGCAGAUCCCCUUCUUAAGGUCACGAUCGUCCCACGUGGGAAGGGCUCGUUGGGAUACGCCCAAUACUUGCCCAAGGAAGUAUCGCUGCACAGCCAGGAAGCCAUCGAAGAUAUCAUGUGCAUGGCGUUGGGCGGCCGUGCGUCCGAAUACGUGAACUUUAACGGACGGAUCACAACGGGCGCGUCAGACGAUUUGCGCCGCGUGACCCAAAUGGCCUACUCGAUGGUCCAGUUGUACGGCAUGAACUCGCGCAUUGGUCAAUUGAGUUUUCCCCGUGACGACAACCAGCCAGGUGAACCGCGCAUGUACAGCGAGCGGACCGCGGAAAUGAUGGACGAAGAAGUCAAGAAGAUUGUGGACCGGGCGUACCAACGUACAAUUGAUUUGCUCGUAUCCAAGCAGGACCUGCUCGUGAAACUGAGCGAGGAACUGAUCGAGAACGAAACAAUCAACCACAGCGACAUUGUCCGCGUGUUGGGGCCACGUCCGUUUGGCGGAAACAAAACGUACACUGAGUUUGUGGAAGAAUCGUGGCAAAACGCUGACCGCCACGAAGAAGACAAGAAGGCCAAAGCGGCCGCUGCGGCGGAAACGUCCGUGAGCAAGACUGACGCUUCGGCGACUGAGGACGGUGACAUGUCUACGGGAUCGGACGACUCGACAGAAAGUGACAAGGAAUCGGACAAGAAAAAGGGCGAGUAGGUUGAAUAGAACAAGGAGAUAGAGAUGUAUGUCGCAGGGAGUCCCUCUGGGUUGGUUUUCCACCACCAAUACACGGCAUCAUUCGAAUCUCCCUGGUCAGGAGCGCCACGUGAAACCCAUCGAGACGUUUUCCCGUAACAGGAAUCGCUUACAGCUCGGAUGUAUACGUUUGAAAUACAAAUUCUCGCCGCGGGUUGCCUUCUGUCGCUGCCAUGAGUGCCACGACGUCGGCCAUACUCGCUUCCAGAA